AUGAGCACAGACCAUGACCAGAGUCCUGUGAAAUCCUAUACUUGUGCCUUCUGCAAGCGGGGGUUUUCAAAUGCCCAGGCACUUGGAGGUCACAUGAACAUUCACAGGAGAGAUAGGGCCAAGCUCAGGGAAUCCAUGGAGGAGAGCGCGCUAUCACUUGGAGUCAUCCCGAGCAAGAACACCGCUGCCGCUGGAAGUCACGAGGACGAGAAAAGCGGUAACAAAACCCCCCCGAAAGGGCCACGUACCAUGUCUGCAGAAGAUAAGACAGGUGCUCAAGCUAGAGAUGACGGUGUUGAACAAGAGAGGAUGCAAUUGAGUCAGAGUUCGGACCGGAUAGAAUUGGACCUCGAACUUCGGCUAGGCCACGAGCGCCCUCUCGAGAGAUCCCCAGCGAGUCCCAAAUAA